CAGGCGCGGCCGGAGCCCGAAGGGGCGGAAACCAGCCUUCUCCCGGAAGUGUGUGGUUUCUAGGGUGCAGCGAGCGGACCGGGGUGAGAACAGGUGCGGCGGGGUCUUCGUCCCGGGUAGCGGGGAAGGAAGGAAAAAGCCGCCAUGUCGGCCUUCGACGCGAACCCCUUCGCGGAUCCCGUGGACGUCAAUCCCUUCCAGGAUCCUUCAGUCACUCAGCUGACCAACGCGAACCAAGGUAGCCUGGAUGAGUUCAAUCCAUUCUCGGAGAAUUCUCGGCAGACAAAUACAGGUCAGCCCAUCCCAACAACACAGCCUGCUGGCGCUUCUCAACCUGCCGUGUUGCAGACCUCUGUGGAGCCUACCCCACAGCUGCUGCUUAGACAGGCCAGCAAGUACCUGACUCCUAAAUUCAUCUCAGCAAAUUCGGAAGGUUCAGAGAGGCAGAAGUUGCUAGAGGACAGCAGCAGUCAGAUUCGCCGGCAGGUAAAACGCGAAAGGCCCAAAUCUGUGGCCUCAUCAGCACAGGCUGGGCUUCUGAAGCAGCAAGAAGAAUUAGAAAAGAAAGCUGCAGAAUUGGACAGAAAGGAGCGCGAACUUCAGAACAGCGCAGCAGGCUUUGACCCAAAGCAGAACAACUGGCCCCCGCUUCCACGGUUCUGCCCUGUCAAGCCUUGCUUCUAUCAAGAUUUCUCUGCGGACAUCCCAGCCGACUAUCAGCACGUUUGCAAAAUGAUGUAUUACUUAUGGAUGUUUUACUCGGUCACCUUGGUGUUAAACCUCCUCGCCUGCCUGGCAUUGUUCACAGUGGAACCCUCUACCACAGGGUCGGAUUUCGGCCUGUCCAUCUUAUGGCUUGUCUUGUUCACCCCCUGCGCUUUCCUGUGUUGGUAUCGACCAGUUUACAAGGCUUUCAGGUCUGACAGCUCCUUCAGUUUCUUCUUCUUCUUCUUCAUUUUUCUUUGCCAAGGAAUCGCCCUCGUCGUCCAGGCUGUCGGUAUCCCUAACUGGGGGAGCAGCGGCUGGAUUUUGGCCCUCUCCAUGACCUCAAACUUGGCCGUGAAGAUUAUCAUGAUGGUGGUGGCCGUGUUCUUCACAACCUGCGCCAUUCUCUCCAUCUUCCUGCUGAAGCGAGUCCACUCGCUCUAUCGGCGGACCGGCGCCAGCUUCCAGAGGGCCCAGGAAGAAUUCUCCCAAGGCAUCCUCAGCAACAGGAGCUUCCAGACGGCCGCUAGCGGGGCAGCUUCCACGGCGGCUCAAAAUGCUUUCCGGGGAAACUGAAAAUCCCCAGCAAGGGUCCUGCUUCCCUUCCGGAUGGUACCCGAUCCUCAACGUUCAGGCGGUUCUCUCCCCACGGGGUGGCGGGGGGGGUAGUCUUAACUCCCAAGAGACUCGCCGGGAGCUUUCUCUGAAACCUUGCCCUGUUCUCCAUCCGCGUCUCUCGUGGGAAAGUGCAAAGAUUAGGGUGUCUAACUUUUGGUGUGAUUUUCUCCCUCCCCCCCCUUCCUUUCUCCCUUCCAAUAUACAUCUUUUUGACUUAUUUCUUGCGCUUUCCAUUUCUUCCGUUGCCGGCGUUUGGGGGAAAAAACCGUUUGGCACUCUUGCCAUUCCCAACGGAAGCGUCAAUGAACAAUCACUUCCCUUCCCUUCUCAUCGUCCCAGCUGCUGUCCUUGUUGAUUUUUAAUUAGCCGAAGGCUCAGGCUCGUUAGCUGCCAGCGUAGGGUGCGUGUUUUCUGGGAAAUAUGGAAGACAAUUUCUGGAGGACACUCCUUGCUCCCUUUUUUUUCCCUCCCUCCCUAAAAGCCACCAAAACCAGGUUUCCUAUUUGGGGUUGAAGCGUUACAGAUCGUUGGCGAGGAUAAAGGCUUAUUCACCAACCACACUGGCCUCUGAGAAGCUAGCAACCUGGAUUGUGAAAGGAGGGGAUGGGGCUUUCAGGUUCAAUAGCGGAGCAAACGUGGAGAUGAAGAGGGAAAAUAUUUCUAAUUUGGGUAAUCCGGAGUUUGAUUUUACUCAAUGCUGUUGUAUCUGGUUUGGUCUCUCUGCCUUCCUCGUGCAGCUUCAGUACAACUACCAAACAGUUCUUCAAAAAGAGCAUGCUAGCAAAAGCCCGUUUCUCCGCCCCCCCCCUCAAAAAAAAUAUUGGCUUAUGGAAACAUCUCCUCUGAUUUUUUUUAACAGAUUUUUCAGUUGCCGGCACCUCUGAUUUCAAAAUAAUAGUUUGGAGAGAAAGACUAUGGUUUUAGCCAAGGCUUGUUUGGGGCAGAAUGGAUGACAGGCCAUCCUUAACGUCCAAAAUCUUACUGUCUUGUUAUUCAACCCCAGCGAUGAUUGACAGCUGUUAAAAACCUUUGGUGUCUCCUCAAAGGCCUGUUUGAGUUCUCUGCAAACGAAUCAGUGUGAAAGGAAAACCUCAGUUUCCCCCAUCUGAUAGGCUUGAUCGAUUGCUCAAGUAGAAAUUGGGGAUCUAGGUCUCAAAAAACACUAAAUACUUUUUGGUUACUUCCGCAGACCUAAUUUAAGUGAUCUAAGAUGCACACCAGAGGCUUACAAGUAGCUUUGAAUAGAUCUGAUGAAGGGGGAAAUGUUCAGAGAACUAAGAUGAGGCUGCAGUCUCGCUAAACAAUUUUUUCCUCGCUUUUUACUCAUUUAGGUAGACUUGGUGUCUCUUUCUCCCCUCCCCCAAAAUACAUAGGUGUUUUGGGGGGUUUCUCCCCCCAACAGAUGUUUCCAAACCUUUGUGAGGUUGGAUGUAGCCCAGUACAUCCCAAGGAAGUAUCUCUUGGUUUCUGUCUCUCUUUUUUAUUUUAUUAUUCUUUGAAGAUAUGUAAUGAUGGCAGAAAUGAGAUUUUUUUAAAAAAGAAAAGAAAAAAAAAGAAUCUUCCCCUCUAGGAUGUAUUUUCCGCCUCUAUUUUUUUUUGUCCCUGUAAAAAAAAAUGUAUAUGUCAAACUUUUGUUUGUUAUUAAAUGCAGAAUAAAAAUAUCAAGAAUUAGUA